CAAGGGGCUGCUCUGCCCACCCUCCCCUAUAAGAAUUUAUUUUUACAACUCUUGGCUGUGAUUAAUCUGUUAUAAUAUGUUAUAUCGGCUAUAUAUUUGUCUUUUUAUGAGUAACUAACAAAUCUCAGAUCGAAAGCAUAUAUGAAAGCUUAAAAACAUCGGGAUAAUAAGAAAAAUAAUCAAAUGUAUGAUAUUUGUUUUUAUAAAUAAUUUUAGGAUUAUCAGUUACGGUUGGCUCUCAUAAGAUUGCAGACGGUUUUCUAGUUCGCAAGUGUGCAACAAAGUAGCGAUGGCGGAGAAUGAACAUUUUCGGAAUGGUAUAGACUACGUAGAAUUAGUCAACCAAGAAGGACAUACUUUCCACUAUAUCUGCCGCGCGGGGAAUAUGAACGAGCUGGUGGAUAUGGCGCCUGUCAUUCUUCGAAACCUAGAUCUAUUGUUCCAGUACGAUCACGAGGGAAGACAGUGUACUCAUAUUGCUGCGGAGUACGACGUUUCUAAUGCCGUGAUGAAAAUUGAACUACUGGUGAUGUUGGGUGCAGAUAUAAAUUCACGGGAACUGAAGUUUGGUAAUACGUUGCUUCACAUUGCUGCAGGUACUGAAAAUUACCAAUUGGCCGAAUGGCUGUGUAAGAAACCCGGUGUUGAACUUGGAGCGAUAAACUUCCUUUACAAAACGGCCUAUCAUAUUGCAUAUGAACGUCAGAAUGCAAGAAUGAUGGAGAUUUUGAGGGUCAACGGCGCAGUUUGUGACGAUCCUAUCGAUAUUGACGAAUCUGACGAAACUUCAAGUGAAAGUAAUGAAGGCAUAUCAAUUUAAUUUUUGUAAGUGUUAAAUGCUCAG